UCGCAGUCAGUUUGGCGUUGGAUCCGGGAGGGUUCGGGGCACCGAGUGGCUACCGGCGCGCGGCGGGCCGGCCCGAGGCCGGGCAGCAGGGCCUCCGCCAUGCCCGGGAUGGUGCUUUUUGGUCGGCGCUGGGCCAUUGCCAGCGACGACCUGGUCUUCCCGGGGUUCUUCGAGCUGUCUCUGCGAGUGGUGUGGUGGAUUGGCAUUUUGACUUUGUACCUCAUGCACCGAGGGAAGCUGGACUGUACAGGUGGCGCCCUGCUCAGCAGUUACUUGAUUGUUCUUCUUGUUCUCCUAGCAAUUAUUAUAUGUACAGUGGCCGCCAUCACGUGUGUCAGCAUGAAAGGAACCAUCUGUAAUCCUGGACCACGGAAAUCUAUGUCCAAGCUGCUUUACCUCCGCCUAGCGCUCUUUCUGCCAGAGAUGGUCUGGGCUUCUCUGGGGGCUGCCUGGAUAGCAGAUGCCGUUCAGUGUGACAAGACGGUGGUGAAUGGCAUCAUUGCCACUGUUGUCAUCAGCUGGGUUAUCAUCGUCUCCACCGUGGUCACCAUCAUCAUCGUCUUUGACCCCCUCGGGGGGAAAAUGGCUCCAUAUCCCUCCGCUGGCCCCAACCACCUGGACAGUCGUGAGUCCAGCCAGCUACUUAAUGGCCUCAAGACAGCAGCUACGAGCGUGUGGGAAACCAGAAUCAAGCUGCUGUGCUGUUGCAUCGGGAAGGACGACCAUACUCGAGUAGCUUUUUCGAGUACGGCAGAGCUUUUCUCAACCUACUUUUCAGACACAGACCUGGUGCCCAGCGACAUUGCGGCGGGCCUCACCCUUCUCCAUCAGCAACAGGACAAUAUCAGGAACAGCCAGGAGCCAGAUGAGGUGAUCAGCCAUUCCCCAGGACCCCCCCAGGAAGCUGAUUUGGACACCGAGUUAGCCAACUGUCACCAUUACAUGCAGUUUGCAGCAGCGGCCUACGGGUGGCCCCUCUACGUCUACCGGAACCCCUUCACCGGGCUCUGCAAGAUUGGCGGGGACUGUUGUAGAAGGAGGACGACGGACUACGACCUGGUCGGCGGUGACCAGCUGCACUGCCACUUCGGCUCCAUCCUGCACACGACCGGCCUGCAGUACAGGGAUUUCAUUCACAUAAGCUUUCAUGACAAGGUCUACGAGCUUCCCUUUUUAGUGGCUCUGGACCACAGGAAGGAAUCUGUCGUGGUAGCGGUGAGAGGAACCAUGUCUCUGCAGGACAUCCUCACGGACCUGUCAGCGGAGAGUGAGACCCUCAACUUAGAGUGUGGGCUGCAAGACUGUUCGGCACACAAGGGGAUUUCUCAAGCCGCCAGAUACGUUUACCAGCGCCUCGUCAGUGAUGGGAUUUUGAGCCAAGCCUUCAGCAUUGCUCCCGAGUACCGGCUGGUGGUGGUGGGCCACAGCCUGGGGGCGGGCGCCGCGGCGCUGCUGGCCCUCAUGCUCCGGAGCUCCUACCCGCAGAUCCGCUGCUACGCCUUCUCCCCGCCCAGGGGGCUGCUGAGCAAAUCCCUUUACGAAUACUCUAAGACCUUCAUCGUGUCACUCGUCCUCGGCAAGGAUGUCAUUCCCCGGUUAAGUGUGACUAACCUGGAAGACCUGAAGAAGAGAAUUUUGCGAGUGAUCGCUCACUGCAACAAGCCCAAGUACCAGAUCCUGCUGCGCGGGUGCCGGUACGAGCUGUUCGGAGGAAGCCCGGAUAACUCUCCCACGGAGCUGGACGGGGGCACCCAGGGAGACCUGACGCAGCCGCUUCUGGGGGAGCAGAGCCUUCUGUCGCACGGGUCCCCGACCUACAGCUUCUCCAACGACUCCCCCUCGGAGUCCCCCACCAAGUACCCCCACCUCUACCCUCCCGGCAGCAUCAUCCACCUGGAGGAAGAAGGCACCGCGGGGAGGUUUUGCCGUUCUGCUGCUCGGUACCGCGCGAGGUGGUCCCACGAAUCACAGUUCAGCAAAAUACUCAUCGGCCCCAAGAUGUUGACAGACCACAUGCCGGACGUCCUGAUGAAAGCCUUGGACAGCGUGGUGUCGGGCCGGGCCGGCUACGCUUUCUGCCCAGCUGGAGGCGGCUCGAACGUGGAUGUGGUCUAACCGGGGCUCAUGCAGGCUGCCGCAGGACGA